GGCUCGCCAGUCAGCGCUCGGCCUGAGUUAGAUGGUGCUGAUCACGGACGACAGGGAUGGAGGGGUCGCAGCGUCGCUCCGGGUCAAGCAGCUCCAGCAGCUAAAAGCCGGCGCUGGCGUCGCUCAAAUCCACCCGGCUACAGUCGAGGAGAAAGACUACCGCGGCUCGUGGGAGGUGGGCCAAGAGAACGAGGAGGAGGAUUUCGAAGAAGUUGACUUCGAGGACUUGGACGACACCAGGAGCAUCGUGUCCGACGACUCCUUCUACCCUCCCGAUGAUGCGUUCGAGGACUCCCCGUCCCCGCAGAGUCUGGAACCCGUGUCCUUCUUCCAGGCGUGCUGCACCAACAACGCCGCCAUAGUACGGAUCAUGAUACGGCACGGGCUCGAGGAGGAGGAGGUCACGCAGACGGACCGGAACAACAGGACAGGGCUGCUGGUUGCUUGUUACCAGGGUUACGUUGACGUUGUCAUAGCGCUGUCCCAGUGCCCGUAUCUGGACGCUAACUGGCAGGACAGCGAGGGGAACACAGCCCUCAUCACUGCGGCGCAGGCAGGUCACAUUACCAUCACCAACUACCUGCUCAACUACUACUCGGGCUUGGACAUCGAGAGGAGAAACUGUCACGGCUUCACUGCUCUCAUGAAAGCCGCCGUGCAGGGCCGCGUUGAAUGUGUGCGCUCGCUCAUGAUGGCGGGAGCCACUCUAAACGCUCGAGACUGUGGCCGCCAAAUGACCGCCAGAGAGUGGGCCUUGUUCACUGGGCGCUAUGAAACUGCCUGGGUGAUGGCCCGACUGAUGGAACGAUCCACACCGGAUCAAAUAUGUGACGCGUACAGUCUAGAAUGGCCUCCCUUGGCAUCAAUGGUGGCCAAAGCCCGGGAGCCCCGAGGCUGUCUCAAGCGCUUGAGCGACACCGUGCGCGACGUCUUCAACGUUGCCAACGUCACCAAUCCCGAGGACGCCGGAGUCAUCGACCACCUGGUGUCUGUGACGACUGCCAUCAGAAGCCCAUUUAUCGCCGUGACUUGUCAUACGGUGUGUCCUGACAGCCCCCCGAGUGUGGGCAAACGGCGCUACGCAGUUCCCGAGAUCCUCCAUCAUCAGCGGGCCAAAGAGCUCACCGCCAUCAAUCCGGAUAGGGCGGACACCCACCUGAAGCUAUUCCAGAACUCACGGGUCACUUUGGUGCCCAAGCCCCCACCCGACCGACGGGCCAGCCUGCAGACACAAAGCACGACGCCUCGAGCCGGGAGCUCCAGCCUGGGAAUGUUGGCCUAUAACGGAAUGGAGCUACGAAGGACCAGCCUGCUGCCUCUGCACAUGUUGCUCAGGAGGAGCAGCGUUAGGCCGGGAUUCACCAUCCCCAAGGUGCGGGUGUCCAAGGCCCCCCCGCCCACUUAUGAGCCUGAAAAGGUCCGCAGGAAGAGCAGCGCCAAAGAUGGAGCCAGACACCUGCUGCAGGUCCCUAAGUGGCGAUAUAAGGAGCUCAAAGAGGAGAGGAGGAAAGCCGAGGAAGCCGAGAGGAGGAGAUUGGAGGCAUUAACCAAAGGACACCUCACUGUUGGGAAGAGGAAGUAGUCCUUCUUUUUAACGCGCACUAAACCAAAAACAGGUCAUGGGUUGGCCGUUAUUUGACUCAGGGUGACUCGACUUACCAGCAGUGUUCCAGAAAAUGUUGAUUAGUAUCAUGAAAUGAACGGAUGCAAAGAGGAAAAAAGAUGGCUGCCGGCUUUAUCAGCACUCAUGUCAUUUGCAAUGUCACGUAUGGAUUACCCAGGGAAUAUUAUACUUGAAAGUGUUUGAAGCUUUAACUUAUUUUUCCUAUUUAUUGCUCUUAAAAGCAGCCAUAAUGGCCAAGCCUUUAUUUUUGUAAUUUAAAAAAAAUAAUAAUAAAUCACACCAGCGUUUUGGUGGGGAGAGGGGGGUAAAAAAAACCUAAUCCAAAAUCCCUUGAAGCACAACAACAAAAGCUUCAUUACCUUUGUCGAAAAUGACACAAAAACAGAAUUACAUUUGUACUAGGCUAUUUUCCAGCAAUACACUAAACAUGAGUGGAAAAUCUUGUUGCAACAUAUUCUACAGACAGGUUGUGCUGAAAAUACUGUACUGUAUUUGGUAAUAAAUAAAUGAAUUUUGCUAUCAUG